AUGGGCCACAGUUCAUCAUGGCUGAAGAAGGAUCCAGCUGGAUCUGGAAAUUCCCAAACGAGCUACACUGACAAAGGGGAAAAGCCAGAGAAAGGCAAAUUUAUAAGGUUCCACCAUUUGACAUUCUGGGUGGGCAAUGCUAAACAGGCGGCAGUCUUCUACUGUGAUAAGAUGGGCUUUGAGCCUCUGGCCUAUAAAGGCUUGGAGACGGGGAGCAGAGACCUGGUGUCCCAUGUCAUCAAACAGGACAAGAUUAUAUUUGAAUUUGUGUCUCCUUUAAAUCCUGGAAAUGAAGAGGUGGGAAAGCACUUCAUCAAACAUGGGGAUGCUGUUAAGGACAUCGCCUUCCAAGUAGAAGACUGUAACUUUUUAGUCCAGAAAGCCAAAGAGAGAGGAGCAGUGGUUGUUAAAGAACCAUGGAUAGAACAGGACAACUAUGGCGAAGUAAAAUACGCCGUGAUACAAACGUAUGGAGAUACUACCCACACAUUUCUGGAGUACCUGACUCCUUACAAAGGUCUGUUUCUACCUGGGUAUCAUGAACCGUUCUUUCAGGACCCACUGCUCCCUAAACUGCCUCCAGCCUGUCUGAGCUUCAUCGACCACAUUGUUGGAAACCAGCCAGAUGAUCAAAUGACGCCUGUAUCAGACUGGUACCAGAAAUGUCUGAUGUUCCAUCGGUUCUGGUCCAUAGAUGAUAAACAGAUCCACACGCAGUACAGCGCUCUCAGGUCUAUCGUGGUCACUAACUAUGAGCAAACCAUCAAAAUGCCCAUCAACGAGCCGGCGCCUGGGAAAAAGAUAUCACAGAUCCAGGAGUAUAUCGACUAUAACGGAGGACCUGGAGUUCAGCAUAUUGCUCUGAACACAUCAGACAUCAUCAAAGCAAUAGUGAACCUGAAAGCCCGGGGCAUGGAGUUCCUGUCCACUCCAAACACCUAUUAUGACGCCCUGCGUGAGAAACUCAGGACGGCCAAGAUCAAAGUGAAGGAGGACCUGAAGACCCUGCAGGAGCUUAAUAUCUUAGUAGAUUUUGAUGAUAAGGGCUACCUGCUCCAGAUCUUCACCAAACCUGUGCAGGACAGACCCACUCUGUUCCUAGAGGUCAUCCAGAGACACAACCACUCUGGUUUUGGGGCUGGCAACUUCAAAUCGCUGUUUGAGGCCAUUGAGAAAGACCAGGAUGCCAGAGGAAACCUCACUGUUCUCACUGCUGAUGGCAAUCCCAAGACUUUUAUCUAA